AUGUCUUCUAGUUCCUCUGCUUCAUGCAAUGUCAGUGGUAGUAGUAAUUCAUCUGAGUCAAUGAAAGACCUCUACCCUUUGUGGAAGUUUGUUGUUAAGGGUGAUAAAAUAUCGGGUGGUGGAGGAAAUUAUAAUUGGAAAUGUAACUUUUGCGGCGAAGUUAAAAAUGGUUCAUACACUAGAGUGAAAGCUCAUUUGCUAGGUGAACAAGGGAAAGGGAUUCAAACUUGUAAUAAAGUGAAAAUUGAUGACCUUGCUAAACUAAGAUCGCUUCAUCGUGAAUCCGAGGAUUAUAAAAAAUCUUUGUUACCAAAAGUUCCACCUUUUUCAAAUGAACCCAUAUCUUCUCACACAUCAACUGAAGCUACAUCAAUGAGACUAGGUUCAUUUGAUAAUGUAAAGAAGAGGAAAUCAAAAAAUACAAUUUCCGAUGCUUUUAAUGUGAAAUCUCGUGACCACUUGGAUUCUGAAAUUGCUAGAAUGUUUUACACAGGGGGGUUGCCUUUUAAUCUUGCUAGAAACCCUUACUAUGUUAGUUCAUAUACAAUGGCUGCCAAUUCUAAUCUCUCUGGUUAUAAGCCUCCCGGAUACAACAAACUUAGAACAACUUUGCUUUGUAAAGAGACAGAAAAUGUGGAUAGGUUAUUACAACCUAUGAAAGCCACAUGGAAAACAAAAGGUGUUAGCAUUGUUAGUGAUGGGUGGAGUGAUCCACAAAGAAGGCCUUUGAUUAACAUUAUGAUUGCUUCUGAAACGGGUCCUAUGUUUAUGAAAGUUAUUGAUUGCUCGGGUGAGAUUAAGGACAAAGAUUUCAUUGCUACCUUACUAAGUGAGGUGAUUGAUGAAAUUGGAGAUCAAAAUGUUGUUCAAAUAAUCACAGAUAAUGCAAGUAAUUGUAAGGCUGCAGGGGAAUUGGUUGAGGGUAGGUAUCCUCAUAUAUAUUGGACACCAUGUGUUGUUCAUACACUUAAUCUUGCAAUGAAAAUCAUCUGUGCAGCUAAGAAUGUGUUGAAUAAUGUUGAAGUAUAUGAUGAAUGUCAUUGGAUAACGGAAGUUCAUGCAGAUGCCUUGUUCAUUAAAAAUUACAUAAUGAAUCAUUCGAUGAGGCUUUCAAUGUUCAAUAAGUUUUCGCCAUUAAAACUACUUUGCAUUGCCGACACUCGUUUUGCUUCAAUUGUGUGCAUGCUUAAAAGGUUGAAACUCCUUAAAACAUCACUUCAAUCAAUGGUUAUUAGUGAGAAUUGGUCCUUAUACAAGGAUGAUCGACGCGGGCAAGCCUCACAUGUAAGGGAAAAGAUUUUGGAUGAAAUAUGGUGGGAAAAAGUACUAAUAGGAGAGGUUGGUAUUCUAGAGAUGGCCGAGCUCUCACUUGAUGAACCCGAGAUGGAGAAUAUGAUUUUUGAUGAUGUACUUGGUGAUGGUGAAGAAUGA